AUGACAGUUAUUUUGAUUCGAAAAAUUUUCAAUGUGACAAAUUCCAUCACGUCACAAUUACCAUUCAUAACUUUCUCCUGGCGAUAUUAUCAUACUCAUCGACAAAUUCAUCUUAUGACUACAUCACAAUUACCAUUCAUAACUUUCUCCUGGCGACAUUAUCAUACUCAUCAACAAAUUCGUCGUAUGACUUCAUCAAAUCAUAUCCUUACAUUGGAAAAUUUAAAUCCUAAUAUUAUUGCUAUGGAAUAUGCUGUACGUGGUCCAUUGGUUAUUCGUGCUAUGGCAAUUGAAAAAGAAUUGAAUAAGCAAUUUUAA